AUGAGGUUCCUCACGGGACUGCUCGUGCUGGGCAUGUCCCUUUGGACAACCCAAGCCUACGAGAUCGGACUGAGCAACAAGGAAGGCUACCAAGAAUACUGUACUGGCAUGUACAGCAAGUCCUCAUGGGGCGGACCCGUUGACCCUUUCAUCCUUGUCAAGUUCCUCAACAGUAGCGAUUCGGGCGUCAAAGAUCCGACAGCCAGUCUUGUGAUAUUCGAGUGGAAAGAUAGAAAUCUCGUUGGAAUACCUGAUCCCGAUGUUCCCGGAAACGUGAGUGGUGUCGCAAACCCUCAUUUGGCGCAUACUAACGUGCAUGGAAUACAGCGACUUGGCGUCUGCGGCGAUGAUUUCGUCAAGCAAGGUUACUGCAACAAAACCGACAUUGGCAAGUUUAUCUUGCACCCUGAAGUCGACAAGAAAUCUACCAGCGUGGUCCUUACCAAGGCCGUCCACCUCAAUUCCGCUGCUCCCAUCAACUACGCUAUCAAGAAGACUGGCUACUACUGCGUCCUCACGGACGUUGUCAAUACCAAGAACUAUAACCUUGUAGUUGAGUACCGCAAUGCUUAUGGUGAACUCGAAGCCACCCAGAUUCCCAAACUGCCAUUCUACGGCGGCAUGAGUAUCUUGUAUGCGCUCCUCGCUGCAUACUGGGGUUUUCUGUACUACCAACAUAGACACGACAUCUUGGCUGUGCAAAAUUACAUUACAGCAAUCUUGAUCUUCUUGGUAGUUGAAAUGCUCAUCACUUGGGGCUUUUAUGAAUAUCAGAAUCGUCAUGGCUCGAACAUCGGCUCAAAGGUUUUCCUCACAAUUGUAGGAAUUCUCAAUGCUGGCCGAAACUCGUUCUCGUUCUUCUUGCUGCUCAUCGUUUGUAUGGGUUAUGGUGUGGUCAAGCACACCCUGGGCAAGACAAUGAUCAGAGUGCGAUGGCUUGCAGCAGCUCAUUUCCUGUUUGGUCUCGUCUACUCGCUUACUUUCCUCUCCAUUACCCCAGAGACAGCUGGCCCAUUUGUGCUCUUGAUUGUCCUCCCUCUAGCUGGCACCCUGACUGCCUUCUAUGUCUGGACCCUCAACUCCCUCAACUGGACUCUCAAGGAUCUCCGCGAGCGAAAGCAGCAUGCCAAAGAAGCCAUGUACAGAAAACUCUGGUGGGCUAUUCUCAUCAGUGUCAUGGUCAUCUUCGGCUUCUUCUUCUUCAACAGCUUCACGUUUGCCUCUGCCAGUGAUCCUGAUUUCGUUCCGUUCCACUGGAAGACACGAUGGUUCAUCCUCGAUGGCUGGCUGAACGUGGUCUACUUUGCUGACGUUGCAUGGAUCGCGUAUCUUUGGCGCCCUACGUCCAACAACCGUCGCUUCGCCAUGAGUGACGAAAUUGCCCAAGACGAUGAUGGCAACUUUGACCUUGGCGAUAUUGGUGUUCCAGGAGAAGAUUCAGAUGAUGAGGAGGCCGAAAUCGCUAAGCCUCAAAACAACUCACAACACGCCAACGGUCUGUCGUUCUCAAGCGCAUCUCGGAGUGCCCCUCAACAGCCAACGAACACACGCACCGGUCCUCGUGAAUCGCUAGAGAAUGAGACCAUCUUUGCUGUUGGGGAGGAUGGAGACAAGUUCUCAGACGAUGAUGACAGUGACGAAGAAGACGCGAAGCUUGUGAAAUCCAAUCGUUCCUCUUCUCUCCAGAAUGAUUCAUUCAACAAUGACCACCAUAGCUUCCUACAUCUAACCCAAUACAUCACCUCCAAAUCCAACUGGUCGUCUUCGACCAUCGUUUUCAGGCAGAAUGGCCAACACUUUGUACAAUUUCCCCAUACCGUCUGGACCCUUAUCAACAAGACGCUUCCAGGCACCGUCGAUCUUGUCAAUGGUGUCCUUCUCUACGCCAGGAGUCUUGGUCAACUGUUCGGCACGCUCACGGAUACCCAUCACCGUAAGGAAAUCGCCUUGGGUGACAGGGCCAUGGACCUCAACACCCUCACUUGCCGACAUGGCCACUUCGGCAAUGGCGGUGAAAUCAACGUCAGCGCUCAGAUCAACCAGACCGGGCGCGGAGAAGGGGCUCACACGCCUGUGAUGACGGAUGCCUCGAAGGGAGUUGAUAGGGACAGUGUCUGA